AUGAAGAGGAAGACCCAAAUGCAGCAUGAUGCCAUGCUGAGGCGCGGGUGGGGGGAGCUGCGCGUGCGCGAGCUCUGCCCCUCAGAGCGGUCAGAGGGCGGGAGGGGCGGUCGCGCCUCAGUGAGCGUCAUGGCGUGUGUCGCGGCGGGCAUUGCCGGCGGGAGCUCAUUUUCGGACCGGCACGCUCGCCUCCUGCUGGCUCAGAUCAACCGGCUGCGCGUCGGGCAGAGCUUCUGCGACGUGCGGCUGGAGGUGGGCUGCGAGACGUUCUCCGUGCACCGCCUGGUGCUGGCGGCCAGCAGCCCGUACUUCGCGGCGCUCUUCGCGGGCGGCAUGAAGGAAUCGGGGCGGGACGUGGUGCGGAUCGCGGGCGUCGAGGCGGGCAUCUUCCACACGCUACUGGACUUCAUCUACACGGGCGUGGUGAGCAUCGGCGAGCACAACGUGCAGGAGCUGAUCGUCGCCGCGGACAUGUUGCAGCUCAGCGAGGUGGUGGAGCUGUGCUGCGAGUUCCUGAAGGGCCAGAUCGACCCACUGAACUGCAUCGGCUUCUUCCAGUUCUCCGAGCAGAUCGCCUGCCACGACCUGCUGGAGUUCACAGAGGGCUACAUCCACGCGCACUUCCUGGAGGUGCAGGCUGGGGAGGAGUUCCUGGCGCUGAGCAAGGAGCAGCUGGUGAAGAUCUUGCGGAGCGAGGACCUGAGCAUUGAGGACGAGUACCAGGUGUUCCUGGCUGCUAUGCAAUGGAUUUUGAAGGAUCUGGGAAAAAGAAGGAAGCACGUGGUGGAAGUGCUGGAGCCUGUGCGAUUCCCUCUGUUGCCGGCACAAAGGCUCUUAAAGUACAUAGAAGGUGUUCCAGAUUUCAGCCUUCGGGUGGCUCUGCAAACUCUGCUGAAAGAAUACUGUGAAGUCUGUAAAUCUCCUAAAGAAAACAAGGUCAGCAGUUUUCUGCAAGCUUCUAAAGGUCGUCCACGGAGGAAAGCCAGGAAGUACCUUUAUGCAGUAGGAGGGUACACCCGACUGCAAGGAGGACGUUGGAGUGACAGCAGAGCCCUCAGCUGUGUGGAGCGGUUCGACACUUUCAGCCACUACUGGACUACGGUGUCUUCCCUCCGCCAGGCCCGUAGCGGGCUGGGUGUGGCUGUUGUUGGAGGAAUGGUCUAUGCCAUUGGAGGUGAGAAGGACUCAAUGAUUUUUGACUGUACUGAAUGUUACGAUCCUGUCAGUAAGCAGUGGACGAUUGUGGCUUCCAUGAACCAUCCUCGCUGUGGACUGGGAGUGUGCACGUGCCGUGGUGCUAUCUAUGCUUUAGGAGGUUGGGUUGGGGCAGAGAUCGGCAACACAAUUGAAAGAUUUGAUCCUGAAGAAAAUAGUUGGGAUGUGGUGGGAAGCAUGGUUGUGCCCCGUUAUUACUUUGGAUGUUGUGAAAUACAAGGUCUAAUUUAUGUUGUUGGUGGUAUCAGCCAUGAGGGAGUAGAGCUGCGUUCUGUUGAAGUCUACGACCCGCUAUCUAAACGUUGGUCUGAGCUUCCUCCCAUGGGCACCCGAAGAGCGUAUCUCGGUGUAGCUGCUCUCAAUGAUUGUAUCUAUGCUGUUGGAGGCUGGAAUGAAUCUCAAGAUGCGCUUGCUACUGUAGAAAGAUACUCCUUUGAAGAGGAAAAGUGGGUCGAAGUUGCACCAAUGAAGAUGCCAAGAGCUGGUGUCUGUGUUGUGACUGUGAAUGGAUUUCUUUAUGCCUCGGGAGGCCGUGCUCCCAGUCAUGACUUUGCUGCUCCAGUAACCUCUGACUCUGUUGAAGUUUAUAACCCUCACAUGGACAGUUGGACUGAAACUGCCAACAUGAUCACCAGCCGCUGUGAAGGAGGUGUAGCUGUGCUGUAAAGUGCAAGGAAGAAAACUCAUCCAAGGAAUGAGUGAGUAUCUGCCUCCUCUGGUUUCCGGUUUCAUUGGCCAGAAACCUCUUCUAUCAGCAGAACCUUCAGUAGAAACAGGGGGCUUAGAUCAGAGGGCUUUUCCGAAGCAAAAGGAAAUAUUAAAACUCUUGCCCUUCAAAGUAAAUGGGCUUAUCCCAGAGUAGGAAUGCCUCUUAUGACUGGAUUAAGAUUUAUUAAAUGCCAAACUUGCCCUGUACUGAUCUGAAGAAAUCAUUCCAGCACACUAGAGAUGUUAGAUCUCAGAUGUGUCAGUCAGUAUCUUCAGCUGGCCUUACAGUCUGGAAGAAGGUUGCUAUGGAUGGCUAGGAGUUCCCUGCCGAUAAAAGCAGGCUGGCUACUUGACUGGCAUUAGUUGUCCUUUGCUGAUAGAAAACAAGAAAAAGAAGAGAUGGGAGAGACUUGGUACCUCCACUUAGGACCUAGAUGCAUUUGAGCCUCUCUGCAGCUGCAGGGCAUGGGCACUAAAUAUUAAUUAGAUGUUUACUUUCCUGCCACCCCCCCAACUUUGAUGGUAAGUGGCUGAGGACUUCCUAUUAUGGAAAGCUAUUCUUGCAGUUCUAAUAAUGUCAUUCCACUUCAGCACAGGCUUUUUUUACUCAGUGGAGUCAGCGAUGGCAAUAGAGCUCCUUUUCUGUAUAAACUGAUUAUUGUAAAUGGAAGCGGCAUUAGUUAGAUGAGUUGUUUUUGCAGUGAGGACAGCUCUUAGACUAAAAACCUAAGGAAAACCUUUUGCCCAUUUUUUUUUUUUCUUUUUUA